AUGGGACUUCCACUACCAACAUUCAAUCAAACAAAUGACGAACUUGCAACUCUUGUCUCAGAGGCUCAAGAGCUGAUAAAACAAAAGGAUGCUCUUGAGAGAGAUUUAAAAGAUCUUGGAGAAGAGCUAAACUUCCAUGGCGUAGGUAUGGACCAGCCUUUGAUCGAUGCUUCUGGUUUCCCUCGAUCGGAUGUGGAUGUAGCUGCUGUACGAGUCUCUAGAAAUCAGAUGUACCGAUUAAGAAACGAUUACGGAACAGUCAUGUUACAGAUUGAGGAAGUCUUACACGCCAUUCAUGAUGCAAAGCGCCAACAAGAUGCUUUGAAUGCUUCCACUGCCUCGACAGAGACACCACCAAAAGUUACUUUAGCAAAUACAACAGAAGAUAAUACAUCGCAGUCAGGCACAACAACAACUUUAAUACCAUUUGCAGUAGUAAACGCUGUAGCACCUGACUCUCCUGCCUAUUCAGCAGGAUUGCGCAGAGGUGACAAAAUAAUAGAAUUUGGCUCAGUUAAUGCCGAAAAUCAUGCUCGCUUACAGGCCUUGAACGAACUAGUACAGCAGAGUUUGGGGGUCUCUAUUGCAGUAGUUGUAUUGCGUGAGCAAGACCAGCUUAACUUAACCUUGGUUCCUCGCCAGGGAUGGGGCGGAAGAGGCACUUUGGGAUGUCACAUUGUCCCUGUCUAA